CGCCCCCUCGCACCCGUUUAAUUUCCUGGCGGGCUGGUGACGACAUUUGAAUGUUUACAGUCUAUAGUUUAUAAUACUUUCUUUCCAAAUGAGUCACUGCUUUGCAUAGCGUAACUUUAAUAUCGCAGCGAAGAUAAGAGUUGACGGGAGUUAAGAAACUAGUGUUUGGUUGAAGAGAGACAUUUCUACCAUUCAUGUUGUGAACUGGAUUCCGCCAAUAAUCUGAGAUGGAACAACCGGAUGAUGUGGAGAACCUUGAAGCUGAUGCUGCAGUGGAUGGCCAAGGUCCUGAAGGACCAAAUGGAAUGCAGGACACAACCCCAGUAGACCUACUAAGAAUAAAAGAACAGAUGUUCAACCAGUGCGUUGAGAUAUCCGCACAGAUCAAUGCAGUGGAGAACAAAAGAACAUGUAGCACAUCUGAAGCGGAAUAUAACUUGGCUGAUAAUGUCACUGCGUUAGAAGAGACAAAAACGGAGCAUUUUAUCAAGACUCUCGCUUUGCACAGAAUGCAAAUGGGGCAUGCCAUCGCCGAAAAACUUCAGCAAAACAAUCCAGAAUCUGAAUCGAUAAAAGCAGUAAACGAUCGCUGCAUGGCCCUUUGUUCACAAAUAAAAGAUCUUCAGCAGGAAUCUAGAGAUAUGGGGGAUCAAAUCACAGACAUAAGGAAGAAGCGACUCGAGCUGAAGCAGCUCACACGUGAUCAGAUGAAAGAGAUGGAGCUUUUGAAGAAAAAGUACGAGCCCCCGGAGUUUGAGAAAUACAAAGCUGCCCAGCAGAAAGGCCAGUCCAACUUUGAGAAGUACAAGACCAUGACAGUUUUGACUCAGAACGUCUUGCGGGGAAUUAUUUUAGCCUGCAAAAUCAAUUGGUUGGAUGACCCCAAACUCAAAGAUAUUGGCAUGACCCUAGAAGAUCUUCCCAUAACAGACUGAAGAAAAAGGUUAUUUGCAUAUUUAUGAAUUGUCACUGUAUAUACUGGAAUAAAAUUAUAGAAAGAAA